UGCACUGGUGUGUGCGCCCUGAAAACUCGCGCACCUACAGCUCGCUUCAACCAACAGGCUGUAUUUCCUUUAGCCUACAUAACAGCUUAUUGAGCCGUCCUUACGUUAACGCACCCGGAGGUUGCGUCGAUCGAUUAUUGCGCACUCGUUCCUCGCUGGCGCUACUGAAAAUGAGAAAAGUUUGCAGAGUACUUCUCCUGCUGGCGUGUCAGCUUCUGUGGGUGAUGGGGUUCGUGGCGGGCCUGAGUGGAAUCUUCCUGUUGAUGAAGUACAGACAGAGCAGCUUAUUUUUUUCUCACAGCUACAUCAUCCUGCCAGCUGCCCUCACUCUUGCCUGCGCUGUGUUCCUAUUGGCCACUGGGUUUCUGGGCACUUGUAUAAGCUUCAAGCAGUCCACCUUUCUCCUGGGGCUGUUUGUUUUUCUGCUGGUUGUGGUCUUUUGUCUGGGAAGUACAGCAUCAGCUUUGGCUUAUUUCCACUCUAAAAAGCUGGAGUCAGAGAUAGCUCCCCCGAGUCAAGUGUUUCAGAAAUACACAGGCAGCAGCCAGGACCCCUACUCUCAAGCUGUGGAUACUACACAAGAGGAGUUUCGGUGUUGUGGUGUCCAUGACUACAGGGACUGGCUGAAAACCCCCUGGUUUAACAGUACUGGAGGCCUCAGGUUUCCUCACAGUUGUUGUAACUCAACUUUCCCCUCCUGCAAUGGCACAGUGGACCAGCCAUGGGAGCUUAACGCACAGGGCUGCCAGGUGGAGCUGGAGACAACUUUACAGGUCGUGCUGAGUUUGAUCCUUUGGGGUUUCACAGUGGUUUUCCCAGUUGAGGUUGUUGUGCUUGUGACUGUGGCACAGCUGAUGAAAUAUCAGUCUUUGGUGGAAUAUCAAAUAUUGGACUGGCAGUAAAGACACUGUGACAAAUGGACCAGCAUUGUACUUUAUACAAUAUUACAACAUAAGGCUCAUUAUUGUUUUAAAUAUUUUCUAGCGCUAUUCAGUCUACUGUGUGUAUUUUUAGUUCCAUAAUGUUGUUGAUAUGCCUGAGUGGCAAUAAAUGGGCAAUAGUGGUGAAUAUGAGAUGUAGCCACCAGGCUGGAAGAACAAGAAUGUUUGUCUACACAUGCCUGGAGCUCAUUCAUGCACUGUUUAACAAAUCAAUGUGAUAUCAUGGUUUGUAUUUAGAUGUUUAUCCUUGCAGUGUUGUUUCUGAUAUUUGAUUGUUGGUAUGUUGUUAUUGUAUACAGGGCAACUUUUGCACUGUAUGUGUAACUUUUUCUUGUAUUUGUUUGAAAUUGCCACAGAGACAGAACACAUUUUUCAGAUGGGACAAGAAAAUAAACUAAAACUAAAUUUGAUUGUCACCUUAA